GCACCUUGCUACAUCAGUUAGCAACCAAUGGCGGACAUAACAACUAGAGAAUUAAUACUUUAAUAUAAUCAAAAGCCGGAAACAGCAUGGCUGCGGUGGCCAAAGCGGGAUCCGAUAAACGGGUGACUGUUGCUGGUGAAGCCCGAAUUACAUCGGGUAGUUCAAGAGGCAGUGGGAAGAGAAAUGGAUCUGGUGAAAAGAGAGUUCCCAGUGCUGUGCAAAGAUGGAAGAAACAGCAUGAGCAGACCAUGAUGGAAAAACUUGUUGGCAUGCGAAAUGAGAAGAAGGAAUUAACAAAAUUAUCAAAGGAGCAGGCUACAAACAUCGCAAGAAUGAUUCCUACUGAAUUAUUAGGAAGAGAUUGGUUGAACAUGAUUGAGGCAACUUUGGAAACUAGAGCUUAUCUUGUUGAAAAACUUAUGCCCACAUUAAUUCUUGGUGUUGAAAAGUUGCUGAAUGAAGCUGAUAAACGAGGACUAGCAGGAAAAUUGGAGAGAGAUCCAAAUUUUAAUCCUAUCAAUUUUCUUGCUCAGUAUCUUAUGAGGAAUAAUCCAAGAUACAGUAACUUCUCAGAAGCGUCACCAUAUGUAAGAUCAUUAAGGGAAGUUACUGAGGAGCUCAAGAGAGAGUUAUUCAACAUUGAAGAUAACAGAUUGGCUCGAAUUAAAGCGGAAACUCGACGGAGACGUGAAGAGAGAGAAAAGAAUGAGGCCCUGAAACAAGAUGAGCGAAGACACCGCAUGAAACGUCUCAUGGAGCAGUACAUGCACUGGGCUGUUGGUCCAGAAGGGCGUGUAGAGCUUCAUCUGCUUCAAAAUGCCCUGCGUUCUUUUGUUGAACUGUCUGAGAAAUUCCCAGAUCAUCUUCAAGCAGCUGCCAAAUUCAGCCAAGCACUGGAACCAACUGACGAGUCUGGAAAGACUCUUACAGUUAAAGAGUUUGCAAAGUAUGUGAUACAGUACACGGAGGAGCUCAGUGACACCCUGUUUGAGAGGUUCAUGCUCCACAUGUCUAGUUGUGCCUCCGCCAACCGUCAUCUCACAGCACGUGAAGCUCGCAGAAUCCACCUCACCAACCUCUUCCUCUCCUGCGAUCACAGCGGGAUUGGGCUGCUUGAUCGUCACAGGAUUUUGAGUCUGUUUGAGAACUACUGGGACAGUGCUAAAGAAGAAAUCAAAACAAACCUGCGGAACCCAAGAAAAUGGCCAGUGGUUGACGUGGAUGAAGCUGAUGACUCCAUCAGUGAUGAUGAUGAUGAGCCUAGAGAGGUCCAGGUACCCUCCCUGAAGACUGCAGAAGAGGUCGCUAAACCUGCCAGCCCACCUGUGACCACUGAGCCACCAGCAAAAACACCCUCAAAAUCUGCUCUUGGAGAAAACAGGGGAAGAUUCUCAGGAAAACAAGCCAGAAGUUACAAUUCCAACUUGCUGCUUGAACAAGAAGAGAAAGAAGAGGAAGACAUUUCCAUAAAAACUGAUAAAAAUGCAGAAGACAAGGAAGAUGGCAAGUCUGAACCAGAAAAGUCUGAUGUUGAAGCAAAAGGAGAAGACACAAAGCCAGAGACCUUAGAAAAAAUAAAAACUGAUAAAAAUGCAGAAGACAAGGAAGAUGGCAAGUCUGAACCAGAAAAGUCUGAUGUUGAAGCAAAAGGAGAAGACACAAAGCCAGAGACCAUAGAAAAAGACACAAAAGCUAUUGAACAAACACAAGCUGCAGAAGAAAAAGAAGGGAAGAAAGAAGAGUCCCCAGUGGCUGCACUGAGUGAAAAAGAGAAAACUGGGAAACAAGAAGAGGUAAAUACUGGGGAAACAGGAACUGAUGCCAUGAAAGUGGAAGAUGAUGAUCAAAUGGGAGAUUCUGGGGAAGAAGAAAAAGACAAAGAGGGCGAAAUUGAAGCAGAUGUAGCUCUGACUAAGGACCUUAUGAACAAGCCAAAGACUCCCGCCACUGCCACACACCAAGCCGUUUCAUUUGCAAUAGGCACACACUUCGAACGCGAAAAGACUGCUAUGACAAACAUCAGCCACGCAACCCAGAUGUCUGCGUUUGAUGAGGCGUCACUGAACGUGUCACAGUUUGUUCAGAUGACAGAGACAUUCCUGGGCGAGGAGCCCACAGUGGGCAGCUUUGAGCGCCUCAUGAAGUUCAUCAAGUCAGAAUACCAGGAGACAGAGGAAGAGAAAAUGGAACGUCUCAUGAAGGCGCGCAAGGAGGCGAUGUCGUCGCGCAGGAAGAUGCUGCUUGACCAGCUGUUUGACCGCUGGGACAAUGACGGCUCUGGCUACCUGGACCAGGACGAGGUGGAGACCGUCAUGCUCAAGUACAAAGAUGGACAGGAGGCACAGUCUAUUGACAAGGCCAAGGCUGAGAUGAAGAAGAAAGCAAAGCACCAACCAGACAGCAGGCUGAGCAGACGAGAGUUCCGUACCUUUGUAACCUUAGUAACGGACCAGAUGCCAGGAGCAGACGCCUUCGAAUAUUUUGUUGAGUUUCUUAGCACUUCAGUGGAGCGUACGUAUGCAGAGCGAAUUCGAGGUGAGGCUCGCAAGAAGUGGCUGCAGCAGAUCAUAACGGCGGCAGACACAGGGGGAGCCUCCAUAGAACCUGUGUACAAGGCCGUCUUCCAGGCUCUUUACAAGGACGCUGAGGCGCAUGGUGGAGGCAAGAACAUUGCGGCGAACAUAUCAAUGUUGGAGCGUAACAAUGUGGCCCGUGAGAGAGGGGAUGUGAUGCUGAGAUACGUGGCUGCAACCACAGAGGACGCUGACUUUGUGCUUGGCAAAAUACUCUACAAGGAUAUGAAAGGCAUCAGUUUCUCCGCCAUAGAGAGUGGUAAACCAAUCCAUGUUCCCCGAGUUGCCAACCAUGGAAACAUUAUGUUCUGGAAUCCAUAUAGGAAGCCAGAUGAGCGUGAGGGCUCGUUCAUUGUGAUACCGCUGAAGGACCGCAGGAAGCGUGUGUUUGGACUCCUGGGUAUUGACACGCUCAACGACAGUCACACCAAGAGUAUCUUCAUCACUCAUGAAAUACAGUUUUUCCAGGGUGUUGCCAAAGCAUUCAGCAUAGCGUACCACUCCAUUGACCUGCGUAAGAAACUGCUGCGUAUAACUGAGAGCGCUGUGUCCUGGAUCCACCGGCGCAGCCCGCACGUGAAGGAGGUCAUUGUGUACAUCGUGGAGCCUGGGGAGGACGGCAAGGACUUCGUACUGCGCAAGAUGAUGGUCACUGACAGGAAGGGCAGCAUACAGAACAUCCAGCAGCCACCCAGGCUCGAGAGGAAAGACAACCUUUUCAGAGACUACUUAUUCAAGGCUGUAGACAACUCUGAGACUGUGUCAGCUGAUGCGUACGGAGAGCGCCACCUGGCCUUCCCGCUGAGAGAUGACCAGGGGCGGGCAACUGCCCUGCUUGACAUCAGCAUCGGUGAGCUGAAGCAGUUGCCUGGCCAUGAGAACCGUGAGGUGCAACGCAUGUUGCGGCUGCUGCAACUUGCACACAAGGAGAUCACCAAAGAGAUGGCUGGAGAGGACAAGAAUGUUGUCCUUGAGGCUGAGAAUGAUGAGGAGACGCGCAUGGACAUAAUGUUUGAUCGACUCAUGUUAAUGGAGCUCCGGGAAAACGUUACGAAGGUGGACACAAAGGCCUUUGCAGAGCUGCGUAGCUACAACGACCCUCCGAGGAUUGUACACGACAUCCUCAAGGCAGUCACUGCGAUAUUCAGCUUCCUGGAGACAGAGCAGGGCCUUUAUGAUGAUUGGCAACAGAUGAAAGGGCAAAUCAACAAUGAGCUGCUGCAGAAGAUAGCUGGGUAUGACCCAACGGCCGGCCAAGAUCUUAUCCCCCCAGAAAAGAUUGAGCGAUACCUGAAGGACGUGCCGCAUGGAGAGGUGGCCAAGCACAGCUCAGUGCCCGCCCAGCACAUGUACAACUGGGUGUUUGUCUGUCUGUCCCUUAUAGAGCACACUCUCAAGAUGCGAGAAAAUAAUGACGACAUUCUGCCCCCGGCAAAAGGCAGUGCUGAUAAGGAGAAAACCAACGAUACUAUCAUUGCUGAGCACGCAGACGACUGAAGUUUCCAAUGGCAUGAAUAUUUUAGCAUUGGUUGUGAUUUUAUGGAUGUGUUGCCGUAUUUAUAUGUUUGAUGUUUUGAAUACUUCACAGACAACUUAUAUGGUGUUUAAUCUAAAGAAUAAUUUAUUCUAAUUGUGCUGGUUUGAUAAUAUUCAUUUGCAUUGUUUAUACUUUAAUUUAAACGUAAUUUUGUUUCACAAGGUUGUUUUAUGUUAACUUGGGCCAUCAUAAAAAAGUCUGUGAUAUGGCAAUAUGUAUUAUUUUACAUUCUGUCUAAAUGCAUUUCAUUCCCUGUUAAUAUUAUUUUUGUUGAUAAAUGUUUUGAGCUGUACUGUGAUAAAUAUUUGGUCCCUCUUAUUUUAAGAUAAUUAAAAUUAUCCUAGUAAAA